AUCAUGUGAAGGGCUGGAGGAGGGAGAGAGAUAGGAGGUAAAGAGGAGAAAGAGCAGAGAAGGAAGAGGAGGGUGCUUUUCUGGAUGUGGAUGACAACCCCUCCACCUACCCCGGGGAUCCCGCAGACCGCACUCACCCUGGAUGACCAGUCUGCAGCCCUGGCAUAGUGCUGCCACCAGACAUGCACCUUGGGUGAGGCUGCUGGGGCCAGGAGGACAGGGGACUCGUCUACCGAGGAGAGAUCCCAGUGUCUCUGGCCACAUUGCAGACUAGCAGGGUAUGCAUGGGCUGAGGAUCCUCAGAGGGCACCACAGGCAGGUCACCACCGUCUUCUGCUGCCUCUAGACAUGGGGAACAUCUCCUCCAACAUCUCCUCCUUCCAGUCCCUGCACAUUGUCAUGCUCGGCCUGGACUCUGCCGGGAAGACCACCGUGUUGUAUCGGCUGAAGUUCAAUGAGUUUGUCAACACGGUGCCCACCAUCGGCUUCAACACUGAAAGGAUACGGCUGAGCAACGGGGCAGCCAAGGGGAUCAGCUGCCACUUCUGGGAUGUGGGGGGUCAGGAGAAGUUGCGCCCCCUCUGGAAGUCCUACAGCCGAUGUACGGACGGGAUCAUCUACGUGGUGGACUCUGUGGACUCAGAUCGUCUGGAGGAGGCCAAGACCGAGCUGCACAAGGUGACCAAGUUUGCAGAGAACCAGGGAACUCCUCUCCUGGUCAUCGCCAACAAGCAGGAUUUACCCAAGUCCCUGUCAGUGGCUGAGAUUGAGAGGCAGCUGGCACUGCAGGAACUGAGCCCAUCUACCCCCUACCACAUCCAGCCGGCCUGUGCUAUCAUUGGAGAGGGCCUCACAGAAGGCAUGGACAAACUCUAUGAGAUGAUCCUCAAGAGAAGGAAGACCCUCAAGCAGAAGAAGAAGCAGCGGUAACCCUGGGUUAUUGGUUGGCCAAGCAAAGAUUUGCCCACCAGGAUUAUGGCUGCUGUUGGCUUGGCAUUUCUAGAUACCUACAGACUCCUUGCACUGUGUGACAAGGGGACCCAGUUUACCCAAGAGGCAGGGCAGGACCCUGCUGCCAUUUAACCCCUUGUGUCAUUGCUGAGCAAUAUGUGCCACCCUCCAGAGGCUAAAAGGGAGUGUAAUAAAAUGGUGUACUGAAGUGACCCGGUGACAAGUGUCCUCUGUGCCAGUGGACCACAUAUGUUGAGUGAUAGACCUUAUUCCAAUCUGUAUAAUUUAUCUAUCCUCCCACCAAAAAAAAAAUAAUUAUGAAAUGAAACUUGAAGUUUUUAAGUGUCCAGUGUUGACAUUAUUAUCUGUGGACAUGUCCUGGUGUCACCGCCUCCUGUGGUAUGAGGGGUCUGCAGGGGGCUGAUGUCUUUCCUGUCUGGUCUGACAAGCUGUGCCUGGUGUUCAUUUUUUCCUUCCUCCACUGUUUUCUCUCAUUCAUAGCCACAGGUGACAAAUGUAACAUGAAUUUUGUGCUACAUUUCUGUGAUUCAGUCUCACGAUGGAUGGGGGGGGGGUGGGGGGGGGAAUGGUUUUUCACGUUUUGGGUUGGGAUCCAUGACUGGUAUCAUCUGGUGCCCAUUUCUACUGCAUGAGCUUAAUAUGUGAGAUUGCUAGAAUCGCCUGUUCUCUUUUGUCUUUUCUAGCCUCCAUAUUAUUUGCACUCUUACUAAAAAUGAUUGUUGAAUUUUAAUGGCUCCCUCGUCUGUCUGUUAUUUGUCAGUCUCUGUGGUGUCUUUGCAUUCGUGGUGGGCGACCCUCCUCAUGUUAUAACGGGGAAAAGGGGGCGCAAACAGGAAAUAAUGCACUUGUCUGUGUGCAACAGAUUUCUCGAUAGAAUGUAUCUAAUACAAGAUCUCCAUACUUACCUAUAAGGGUAGAGAGGGCGGUAUAUUGACAGAUUAUUUGUGGGUUUUUUCCAUUUCCCUGAAUAUCAUGAGUAGAGAUGGGAGAAUCUAUUUGACAUUGUUUUUAGAUGUCACCAAGGAGUGAAUUUUGAAAGCUUUUUUCCUCUCUAAUCAUGAGCUAUUCAUGGCUGAUCUGUAUGAAGAUCAGCAACAACAGGGCAGGGAUCCUCCUCGCCAUGGUAAGCCAUGUUUGACUAUGUCCCAUCUGCACUAAUAUCAAUAUUUAUCAGCACAUUCUACAAAUAUCUAGACAAGAAUGGGUUAUAUGUAUGUACAAAAAGUGCAAUAUCAUGCACACAGACACGUAAGAAGAAACAAGGCCUAGCAGAGAGACCAUCGGUGGUUUCUUGAGUCAUCGUCUACUACUAUAGCAUUUGCUCUCAAGCUUGGUCUGGGUGAUGGAUGCUGUGUGUUACUUAUGUCUAGAUGUAGCUUGGUGGUCUGUCUGCAGCAGCCAGACUUGGCUUGGUCAAACUGUCUCUGUCAUAGCCGCUGUCUUCAUAUGUUGAGACUCUGUCCAGAAAGGCGUUGUCAGUGGUCUCCCUGUUGUGUCCGCAGCCAUAUGUCCAGCUGUUUUUAUACUUUCAAGUGGUAAAGAAUAUGUUUUUUUUUAGCAGGCUGAGGAGAGUCACUGUGUAAGCAGCUGCUGCUGUUUCUACUAAUCCUAUGAGGAGUUGGUUUUUAGAAUGUAUCAUUUUCUAUACAGUCGUGCCAUUUUCAUUUUUUAUA